GAUCAAGAGAGGACUCAGGACUGGCGCAAGAAACACCUUCGCGCACUGAUAUCAAACUCGAUGCGCAUCAAGUCACCACCGAGGACGUGCGCUUCCGUUGCUCCAGCUGUUUCCCUGUCAUCACCCGUUAACUUUCAAAAGGUCCAUGUCUCUUUCAAACAAAUCCGAGACUGGCCUACCUUGUUCACUUUCCCACAUCUGCCUCGAGAGAGACAUCAUCAUCCCUUGACCCUGGUCCCUUUAUCUCGUUAGUUCUCGCCUGAUCCUUCGCGAGUCCGCCUCUAAAUCUAAAAUUCCCGACCCUGCCCACUUUGCCCAGCAAUACCACCACUCUUCUUCACCACUUUUCCUCCUUGGUACCUCACAUCUAUACCGACUACAUCGCCGAGCAUACCGCUACAGAGUGUCAACGCUGCAGCGUUGGCAAGCGCAGCCUGUGCUGCUUCGGAGCCUCAAGGUGUAAAGCUAUCAGGUCCUCCAUUCCGGCUCUCGUUGCGGCUAUUCCCUCGAUCGUUCCUUCCCGAGUCGCGACUACGCCGCGCCUUCCUGCGUCCGAACCUACGAAUUGCAUCGUCUUUGGGACAAUCUAUAGUCGAAACCCGCUCCGUUUUCUCCUACUCAGUGCAUCAACUCCAAACCUCAUGAGUUGAGAUGCUCCGAAUCUGAGCAACCACGGAUCAACCUCGCAAGCCAACGAUCACAGAGCCAGUUAAUCCGCUGGCCCACUACCAUGGACUAUCUACAGGAACCUUUCUCCAUUCCUCCUCAAUAUCAGCCGCAGAUGUACUACCAGGCGAUGCCAUACCCGGCCUACACGGUCCAUCCUCAACAGCAACUCGAUGACUUCUACCCUCGAUACGGUCCCAACGACUAUGCUGAUUUCAUGGGCCCCGGGAUGAUGCAUGAUGAAUUCGGUCCAGAGAUGGAAGAAAUCUCGACCCGUCCCAGACUCACCAAGGAACAAGUCGAGGUGUUGGAGAGUCAAUUCCAGGCAAAUCACAAGCCCAACUCACAGGUCAAGAGGCAGCUCGCAAUACAGACAAACCUUAAGUUCCAGCGAGUAGGGAACUGGUUCCAAAACAGACGAGCAAAGGCAAAACAGCAAAAGAGACAAGAGGAGUAUGAAGCGCAGAAGGCCACUGAAAAGCCAGACUCGAGGGGCGCCGAAACCGUCAGAACACCCCGACCACAAAUGGCCUCACCUACCCGCUCCACUACCCGCUCCAUAUCUCUAUCGCCGAGGAAAGAGUCUCGUUCAGGCUAUCAAAGCUCGCCGUCCCCCACCAAAGCCAGCGACAAGUCAAAAGAAGCCAGUUGGGUGUCUCUGCAACGGGCACUCGGGCAAGCCAAAGCUGCUCAGGCUGAACAAAUGGCCCAGCAGAACCCCGCCAUGGCUCCGCCUGAGUUUACUCAGACUGCAACGAUGCAACUUCCACUGCGCAUCAGCCCACACCGGUCAAGUGCGCAAUCCUCCAACAUGUCGGCCUGGCCUGCUGGAGCAGCUCCCUAUCCUUCACCGAUCACUCUUCAAGAUAAUACCUUCGAUUUCGGCUUUGAUGACGAAAAGAUCGAUACCGACAUAAACGCCCACGCCACUCCUAUUGCAGACCCUCUCGCCGAUUUCAUUCAUGAAUCAUUCGUGGUGACUCCGGAAGACUUGGAAGAACCGUUGACAACUCCCAGGGGCAUGGCUCAACAUCAAAACGAUCCAACAGCUGCUUUACCCUCACCAGGUCUGACGCUACCUUCAUGUCCUGGUUCAAGGCGCCAGUCUGCUGCAGUGACAGAUGAACUCUCUAACCAUUUCGGAAGUUUUGCCCUUGCGGGAAGUUCCCCCAGUAUGAUGGCACAACGUCGUCCUUCUGAACCCAUUCGUCAUCCGCCAAGUGGACCACUUGAUAUCGCUGCGCGCAGAAAACGACCUCGACCUACUCCUCUUACCUCUGCCUCCUUACGAAGUCGAUCGUAUGGCGCCAUGACCUCUGUGUCUCCCACGUUCCGUCCCGGUGCAACUGCUCCGCCGGUGCCGCAUACCAUCCGCCAUGUUAAAUCUGCAGGCCACAGUCUCAGCUCUCGGUAUGCAGGAGUUCGAAAAGCUAGUUCAGCUCAGCGAUCUCCCAUGUGUCACGCCAGUUUUGCGGAGGCUCAGGCUUUCAGUCAAUUGAUGGCACAACAAGCGCUCAAUGUACAGGGCUUGACCGACUUGCCUGCCCCAUUGCUCUCACCCGAUAUCGUUUCGAAUGCCCACAUGACCGACCCGGAGAAGAAUCCUUUCUUUGCUCAGAAUUUAGACAUGUCUGGUCAGUACGCUUUGCAUGGACAGAACUUUUCGCUGAACACGGCAUCACCACCCAUCACACCACUCCCUUCAGAUUUCAUGAUGGCUAGAGGCCCGUCACAACAGUCUCUGUGUCCACCUGCUUCAGCUCCCCCCCAAUAUGCGUCAUUUCCAGACUAUACACCACCCUAUUCGGCUGGACCAAUGACCAACAGCAGCUGGUCAGAUGCGUUGACAUCACCAGAUGUUACUUCUUUUCCUCCAGUGACGUACGUUCCUUCACUCGGGUAUUCACAACACGGGGACGGUCUCUCGAGCCAGUUUCAGCAGUUUGUCUUGCCCUCUGAUAACACCACCGAACUGGACUUUGAUGCUCAAAUGGAUCAAAAGAAGACGGAAUUCUAUAUUCAAGAAUUUCCCAAUCAGAAAGAAGAGCAUGCUCACGUUGCUCAACAACUUGCACAACAAAAGCCCAAGAACUACGUGUUUGCAAACACUGCCCCUCAUGACUAUACGGCAGAUUAAGAGAUGGCUGAUGAUGAUUCUUGACCACUGUGCUUUGUAUUUUUCAACCUGUAUGUCUAUGAUUUUUGUCUUUCUUAAUCUGAGCGUUAUUAAUACCAAGAGGACGGUCUUUUGUCCAGGGGCAAUGGGUGACAAGUGGGCUGUAAAUGAACAGGAACGAAAGCUUCACGAAGUCUAGAAUUGGGUCUUUGGUCUCGGCAUGGAAUAAAUACAGUGGCAGCAUUCCUGAAAGACAGCAUGGGUAAUAAAGGGACGAGAGAGGAAGAGGCACCUACGGGGUAUGUAAACGAAUGACAGAGAACAGCCUUUGGAGUUUGCGAUGAAGAUCUCUGAUAUCAUUUUCAAGCGCAUUCCAUCUUCUAUCUCGCUGC